CCCAAGAUGAAAGUCUCUUUAAAUCCUCAACACAGAUCAGAAGCAUGUUCACACACAGUUCACUCUGCAACCCACCAUUAUCAUCAUCAUGUCAAGUUGGAGAGUCUUAUUCCUCGUCCUCUGCAGCGUCCUGACCCCUGCACUCUGCUGCAAUUGGAUUAAACAUUUUGGUCAUCUAAAUGGAGAAUCUCUGAAGCUCAUCAAAGACAUGGGCGGUCCGCUGACUGAAGAGCAGAGUCCAGUUCCCUUUCCAUACAGACUCUACACACGUAUACAGAAAGAGGAGGUGCAGUCUCAGCUGGUUUUCAUCAGAGACAGUCUGAAGAUGAUUUCUGACCUCUACAGCCAUGACAACCUCACCCCAGUGACCUGGGAUAAGGUCAAGCUGGAGCACUUUCUCAGCAGCAUCCACAGACAGACCGUGGAACUCAACCGCUGUGUGCCACCUAGCAAGCGAGUAAACCGGAAACUGAGAAAUUACUACAGGAGACUGACCAGAUGUACUCUGGACCGCACUUGUUGCAGUGCUGCAUCAUGGGAGCUGAUCAGGAAGGAAACUAAACAGCACCUGGGUCACCUGGAUCUGCUAAUGAACCCCAUCAAAGCCAAUGAUGCUGCCAGCAGGGGGCGCUCUACACCAUCUCAACCGAUAAACUGACUCGUCUCAUCAAAUACCUUUUAUUGAUUUCAGAUUU